AUUAAUAGAUUUGCGUGUGGGGGAGGGGAUAUGUGAUUUCAUUGUAUUUAUGUGCCAUAUUAUUUGUACAGCUGUCUUUUCAGACCAAAUGAGGUAGAUUAAAAAAAAAUCUGUCAGUAGCAGGAGUAACUUAUUUGACAAAUAGCUACUGGAGGAAGACUGAUUCCCUCUCAUUAUUCAUGAAACCAACAUACAGAGAGAAUGCACGUGCCUGUGCAGGAGCGGCAAAGGGGAGGUUCUAAUUCUAAUAUAGCCUACAUGUUUUGAGAUUGAAGCUUCAGGGCCACUGCCUUUAGCGGACACAAUGACGCUGAUGUAUAACAGCAGCGGAGAGGAGAGAGGAGUUGCUCGAGGAAGUUCCACGGAUCGGUCUGUCAAUCUGGAUCCUUUUGAAUAAACCCCGAAUUUCCAUUGGCUAAAGGUAAUCAUGUGACAUUCAUUCAGCUUGGCUGAAUGAUUUUUCGGUCCAAUUUCAACUGAGUCUCCUUUUAAAUGCAAUAUUGUCGAUAAGCGAUCCACACACGGGCAUAAUUAGUUAUUACAAAAUAAUUUUAAUGUAAUUAUUUUUUCCACAUAGCCUACUUAUUUUAACAGAGAGCGAAAACUCGUAGACUUCAACGAAGCCAUACUUCCCAUGCCCGCGCUCUCGGGGCGUAUGACAACAGGUUUGCAAUGAAUUACGAGUUUGAGCGUGAGACGGGUUUCAUCAAUAGUCGGCCAUCUCUCGCGGAGUGCCUUACUUCUUUCCCCCCUGUUGACGACUUAUUUCAGAAGUCAUCAAUCAAAAGCUCAGCGCUCACGAACCCUCACCCUCUUAUCCUACCUCCUCUCGAGCCUACCAUCCCAAGCUUGAGUCUCUGGACCCAGUCACGCCUUGCAGGGCCCCGGCACAGUUUAGAUGGGGGAAGCCCACUACACGCCAAUUCUCUGACCCCGGAUUACCCAUGGAUGCGCGAAAAGAAGACCAACAAGAGAAACUUUCCUCUCAUACCAACCGGCUCCCUGACUCCUACUGCGGGAGUCAUUUGCUUCUCUCCAAAAGGCUCACCCGAGCUUCCCGAAGGCGGUCUGUCUAGUGGAGAAGGAGGUUCAAGCCGCCUGAGAACAGCAUACACAAGCACUCAGCUUUUAGAGCUGGAGAAGGAGUUCCACUACAACAGAUAGGCCUACCUUUGCCGACCACGCCGUGUGGAAAUAGCCGCACUUCUCGACCUUACAGAACGCCAGGUCAAAGCGUGGUUCCAGAACCGACGGAUGAAGCAUAAACGCCAAACCCAGAUUAAAGACUGCCACGGGGAGCUAAGCAAGAUAAAUCUCGGCGAGGAUAAUGGCGCACAGAGCGACGAGGACGCUUCGAUUUGUGGCCUGAGUCAUGGUAGAUUAAGGGUAGAUAGAGAUUCGAACUCUUUUCAGAACAACCUGUCAACAGUCUCUGGGCAGUCCUGUAAUGAUAACGACAAGCAAACGUUUGAAAUGUUUUCUAACAGAUUUAUGAAAAGAAGUCUUAAAUAUGUUUUCCAGUCAGUCACCUACUAUUCUGGACAAGGGGACAAUAAUAUGCAAUAGUAUCCGUUGUGCGAGUCCGGACAAUUGCGACAUGGACAUGUCUGUGC